CGAGCCAAAACGUGAAAGUGUCGUCCAGCCAGCCACGUGGCUCCGGCAGGGCAGAGCGUUUAUCCAACUCGGCUCUCAGCGACUGCCCACCACCACCACUGAGGAUUCCUCUUCCGGCGGCGGCGGCGGCGGCAGCGAUGCUCCUCCUGCGCGCCAACGCGCUCGCCGCCGUACCGGUGUCCUUCUCCAUAACGCCGGCGGCCUCCUAUAGCUGCUUCCCCUGGCCGUCUUCAUCCACCACUGCCGCGAGCUGCUCCGUCGGCUCCUCUGCCAGGCUCGACGCCGCCGUGCAGUACGACCCGCUCCGCCCCGGCUCCGAUGCGUGGGCCCAUCCCGACGGCAUGGUCACCGCGGAGGGUGACGAGGAGAAACAGCGCUAUGACACGGAGGGGGAGUCCAACGACUGGGAAGGGGAAGGGCCCCAAGGAUCAUCAGACCCCGAGGGCAUCAACGUGCCGCGCCAGCGCUACAUCGCCGUCCCCAAGGAGGCCCUCCUCGAUGCUGUCCUCUCGCAGUUCGCGUCCGACGACGACGACGCCGCGGACUUCAAGCGCUGCGCCAGAUGCUUGGACGCCAUCCUUCACGCCGAGCACAAGAGGAUGCUCGAGGAGAUGCGCACCUCCUACAUGCUCACGCAACGCCACCGGGACGAGGAAGAGGAGCAGGAUGACACUGACACCGCCUCGGGCUCGGACUACGUCAACGGCAAAGCCGGCUCCGGAUUUUUCGGCAUCACCCAACUGGAUGGCACGUUGUUCCUUACUAGAAGCGUGGACUUGAGAACUCUGCUCGGAUUGACCCCAGACCCCGAUUCCCAGACCAGAGUUGCUUUUGCAACUCAAUUUCAGCGCUCAUUCAUGACCCUACUACGCAAUGCUCAGUUUGAAGAACUCUCCGCACAAGAUCUGCUCUUGACAUAUGCCCUAAAUAACGAUUACCUGCUCACGCUGCCCAUUUAUGUCGACUGGAAGAAGGCUGCUCAAUCUAAUGCAAUAAUAUUCAGGCGUGGAUACGCGACUGAGAGGCAGAAAGGCCUCCUGUUGGUUGAGAAACUUGAUUACUUGCAAUCAAAACUCUUGCAGAAUGUCUUUUUCAGCCUCUCCAAACCCUUGAAAAAGCCAGGGAAAUGGCUUAAUGAGGCUUUGAAAAGAUCAACAGAUAACCAGGGAUUUCAGAUCUGGAUAGACAAACUGAGACUAUGGCUUAAAGAGCAAACUUAUGCAGAUAAUUCACUGCUGUUGAUAGAAAGCUCUUCAUGGGACAAGCUUAGUUCUGAUCAGUUACCUGAUGCAGAUGUUCCUAUUUGGAUCGCUGCACAAAGGGCAGUCUCUCGUUAUGAAGGAAUUUUGUCACCUGUUGGUCCUCGUGGAAGACUGUUAAGAAGAUUGCUUAAAUGGACUGGACUAAUACCUUCUCUGCCAGAAGCAACGAUAAAAUCCAACAAUGAAACUAAACAUCUUGAAGGACAUGUGAGGCCAAACUUUCUACCAAGAAUUACCCUUGCUAAUAUAUGGGAACCUGCAAGCAGAGAAUCUUGCAAUAACAAUAUCUGGGAGAUGGUGAAAGCUUCUUUUCGUAUUCUGUUUGGGAGGUCUACUCUUCAGGAACCAGCAUUCCAGGAGUUAAUACUACUUUACACUGAUGAAGUUGUUCCAAGUGAAACGAAGGACGAGAUGGUUCCGCUGCAACUGAAAAUUUAUGAGAGGAUUCCGAUCCCAGAUUUGCCAGUAGUUUUCCCCCACAAGAAAUUGUCCUUCCGCAUCCUAGAUACAGUAAGGCUAGAUAUUGCUACUGUAAUAGGUCUAUUGGCAUAUGUGGUGAACUACAAAUUUGAGAGUUUAGCCUCAUCUCCGUAAGUCAGCUUUUCUUCUUGAUAUAGUUGCUGGUACUGCACUCGUCAUACUUGUUUUCCGUGUAGCACUGGGCUACAAACAGACCCGGGAUAGGUACCAGCUUCUGGUGAAUAAAACCCUCUAUGAGAAGACAUUGGCAAGUGGGUUCGGCUCGGUUUACUUCCUUCUCGAUGCUUCUGAGCAACAGCAGUACAAAGAAGCACUUUUGGCAUAUGCCAUGUUGCUCUGCAGAAAGAAGUAUGAGGUCUCAUCUCGUGCAAGCAUAAGAGAUGCAUGCGAGCAGUUUAUGCACGAGAAAUUCGAGGCAAAGAUUGAGAUGCCGAUCGACAAGGCAAUGGAGACACUGCUGCGGUUGGGGCUGGUGAUUGAGCUUCCCACUGAUGGUGGGUCGAGCGUGAUUGGUCUCCCAUGCUCGGAGGCAUACAGGAUCCUGAAAAGCCGUUGGGACGGCUUGCUGGAACAAGAUACAGAACAAGGCUGAUUAGAACGAGACAUGUACGUUGGUGGCUUGGAGUGGAGUGGGAUGGGAUGCCGUGCUGGUACAUACUCGACGCGUCGGCAAAGCUCACUCUUGUUUGUAUGUAUACGUACCAGUUGUUGCAGCAAGUGUAUAUGUGCUAGCUACGUGCAUGUAUAAUCGUGAUCUAGUUUGUUGUACACAAACGAUUGCAGUGUAUGUAUAUGGGAGCACAUGUUUUUUUCGGAAGACUAGCCAUGUGUCUGUAAGUUUUUCUAUUUGUAAGUUGGUUUCCAUUUAUAAAUAUAGAGCAUAAACACUGUUCUGUUA